AUGUCUUUUUUUGAAAAGCAAACUUCAUUCGAUGUGGAAUAUGCACCGGCGCAUAUAACAAAAUGGCGGUCUCAAAGAACUGGCUUGCAAGUGACAUAUAUAGAGCAAGAAUCUCCCAUUAUAAAUGGCUAUUUCGCAGUUGCUACAGAAAUAGAAAAUAACUCCGGUUGUCCUCAUACUCUAGAACACUUGAUAUUUAUGGGAAGUAGAAAAUUCCCAUACAAAGGACUACUUGAUAGUUUGGGGAAUCGAUAUUUUUCUAGCACAAAUGCUUGGACUGCAGUCGAUCAGACUGUUUACACUCUAACUACAGCAGGAUGGGAGGGAUUCAAAACCCUUUUACCUAUUUAUUUAGAUCAUUUAUUCAAUCCGACGCUUACAGAUGAGGCAUGCUUGACUGAGGUCUAUCACAUUGACGGAGAAGGUAAAGAAAAAGGUGUAGUAUUCAGCGAAAUGCAAGGCAUUGAAUCACUGUCCUGGUUUAUUACAUAUUUGGCAAUGCAGCAGCUUCUAUACUCUCCUGAUUCUGGUUAUUCAUCGGAGACUGGUGGCCUUAUGUCGGAAUUACGACACUUGAAAAAUGAUCAAAUCAGAGACUUCCACAACUCGCUAUAUCGUCCCAGCAAUUUAUGUUUAGUAAUAACAGGAACAGUUGACGAGAAAGAACUUAUGAAAAUUUUGACCACGUUUGACUCGGAGUUACCUCAGCUUCCUGAAACACUUCAUAAGAGGCCGUUCGUAGAUUCGAAGCCUGAUCUACCAUUGAAGAAUACUAUAGUGAAGGAAAUAGAAUUUCCUGAUAAUGAUGAAUCAUUUGGAGAAGUAGCCAUCUCCUGGAUUGGACCAAAGACUGACAAUGUUUUAGCAAACGCGGCUUUGGAUUCUUUAGGCUCUUAUUUUACUGAUAGUGCCAUAUCUUUAUUUAAUAAAAUUCUUGUUGAAACCGAGGAUCCUUUGGCUACAGAAACAGAUUUUUUCACGGAUGAUUAUUUAAGAACCGCUUUCAAUUUUACGAUAAGUGGCGUCCCCACUGGGCGUUUGUAUGAUGUCGAUUCAAAAGUUAAAGAAAUGAUUAGAAGUCAAGCGACUCCACUUAAUAUUGAUUUGAAGUAUAUGAGACAAGUCAUCAAGCAGCAAAGGUUAAAAUUCAUUUCAAGCACUGAAAGAUCAGCUUCGUCUUUCGCUACUAUAUCGAUAGGCGAAUUCAUAUACGGAAAAGCUGAUGGAUCUGACUUAAAAAAAUGGACUGAAAAUAUUGCAGAGUUUGACAUACUAUUGCAAUGGACACCAGAACAAUGGAGUUCAUUUAUUAAAGAAAUGUUGAUUGAUAAUAAAUCAGCAACGGUUCUUGGCAGGCCGUCUGCAAAGUUGAAUGAAAAGUUAGAACUUGAAAAUAAGAAAGUACUCCAAAGGAUUGAAAGCACUUAUGGCCCACAAGGUUUGAAAGAAUUGGAAACUAAAGUGAAGAAGGCUCAAGAGAAAAAUGAUGAACCUAUCCCUGAUGAGUUAUUGACUCAAUUUGGGAAACCAGACCCAUCAAAAAUUAACUUUAUUCAGACGAAAUCUUAUAGAGGCGGCCUAAAUCACAUUAAAGGCAACUAUAUUGAUGAAGGCGUAAUCCCAAAUGAAUUGCAAAGGGAUUCAAAAUCCGAUAUUCCCCUUUUCUUACACUUUGAAGACUUUAAAUCUCAGUUUACUACAAUAAACUUAGUUCUCUCAUCCAAACAGGUAGAACCAAGAUUAUUGAAGUAUAUGUCCGUAAUCGAAGAAAUAUUCACUCUUCCUUUGCGUUUACCAAAUGAUGAGUAUAUUCCUUUUGAGGAAGUUAUUUCUCAAGUUAAGGAAGAUGUAAUAGACUACCUGUUAGAUAAUGGUUUUGAAAGUCAGUUUUUGGAAUUAGUCAGUAUAAGAAUGAAAUUUGAAUCCAAAAAUUAUGCUAAAGCAAUACAAUGGCUCUUAAAUUUCAAAGAAUACUCUGUUUUUGAAGAAUCUAGAAUUAAGAUUAUAAUAGAAAAAAUUGUAAACUCAUUGCCAGAAAAGAAGAGGAACGAAGAGCUAAUGAUGUACUCAUGUCAUCAUAGAAAUUUAUUUAAUGAUUCUUCCAUAAUGAAAGCUCAAGAUUGUAUGAAUACGGAACAAUUUUAUAAAGAACUUUUGGAGAAGAUUGACACGAAUAAGUAUCAUGAGAUUGAAAAAGAUUUGCUGCAGCUAAGAAAUCAGCUAUUCAAUUCAGAUUCUAUCAAGAUUUUUAUUAUAGGUAAUUUAAAGGGAAUCAAUGGGCCAGUCUCUUCUUGGUCUCAAUUUGCUCAGACAAUUUCAUACGAGAGCUACAAGAACGUUGAAGUAUUUGACGACAUUCCUCAUUCUCAUCAAUACAGAUCUGAUCUUGGAAAUAAUUGUUCAUCUAAAGCUUUCGUAGUUACAACCCCAGCUGCUGAAUCGAGCCAUUUAGUUACUUCGACGUUGAUUCCAACUGACUAUUUGCAUGAUGAUAUUUUCAAAAUUGCAUUGGCAAGCGAACUUUUGUCAGCAGUAGAAGGUCCAUUUUGGAGAGGUAUAAGAGGAACAGGUUUGGCUUAUGGAUCAUCUAUUCGUCGAAAUUUAGAAACAGGCUACCUAUCGUUUACGAUUUAUAGAAGUUCUGAUUUAGAGAGUGCUUGGCUGACCGGAAAGAGAAUAGUUGAGGAAUAUUGUAAUGGCACAGCAUCUAUUGAUCCAAUAAGUCUUGAAAACACAAUUUCAGUGAUAGUUAAUGAAUUGGCUAAUGCUGAAGCGAAUAAUUACGAUGCUGCCAUCAACAAAAUCACAGACAAUUUGUUCAAGAAUAGAGGCCCAGACUAUAUUCCAUUUUUCUUGAAAAGACUCAAUAAAAUUACGGCUGAAGAAGUAGUAGGAGUCAUGAGAAAAUAUUUCAAGCCUUUGUUUGAAGCUAAUAGCUCCAUUAUAUUUUCAUGUGUUCCUCCAGCUAAGGCUGAUCAUUUUGCACUGUUUUUGAAGAAAAUGGGAUAUGAUACCGAAACAGAGGAUAUUAACGCUGAUAUAAUCGAAGAUUCUAGCGACCUGGAAUCAGAUGCCUCAGAGAUUGAAGAUGCCUAA